GUCGUCCCUGAAAAAUUAAUUUCCUCCCGAAUCUCGGUUUAUCACGCUGUUUUUGUCUACAUUGCAGAUUCACGAAACGGAUCCUCAGAUUUGGUAGACAUGCCAGCAGGCACUGUUCCUAAUUUGGGAGCGGUGGCUGGAGUCGGUGGCGAGGACAUGGCAUCCUUGUGGGCUUCCUACGCCAUGGGACUGAAGAAGACACCGCCACCAGCCUCUGCCGCGACGCCCUCGCGAUCCGAUCGCGAUCGCGAGUCCAGCCCCCCUGGCGGCGAAGGGACAGGCAGCGCUCACGACGAAACUAGCAGCAGCGGUAAUAAAGACGACGAGGACGACGACGACGAAGACGCUGACGAGAGGUUGGACCCCAGACAUCACGACCCCGAGCGUCAGAAGGCUUUCAACGUAAGUUUCCGUUCAGUGUUGGUUGUCUGGAUCUCGAUGUCGAGACGGCUCCCAAAAUUCGAAUUCGAGUUACAAAUUUUUGAAAGUCUUAAAGGCUGUUCGUCGACGAGAACCUGGACCGCAUCGUGCCGAUCUCGAAGCAACCGAAGGAGAAGAUACAGGCGAUCAUCGACAGUUGCACCAGGCAGUUCCCAGAGUUCGCCGAGAGGGCCAGGAAGAGGAUCAGAACGUACCUGAAAAGCUGUCGAAGGAACAAACGUGGCAGGGAAGGCGCACCCUGGGACGCGGCGAGGCCCACACCGGCACACUUGACCUCCGUGCAGGCCGAGCAGAUUUUGGCAACGGCCUGCGAAAAUGAGAGCGACAACGCGAAACGCAUGAGACUCGGUCUGGAGCCCGUCUCACAGCCCAUGCCAACUCUUCCGGCCGCAACGCUCAACGAUUUCGCAAUUGGCAAAUUAGGCGCUAAGACCGAUCGCUUGUUGCAGCAAACGGAUGUUCGAUCAAGUUUGGACCAUUUCUCGAGUACACCGGUGAAAUCAUUACCUGGUAAAAGGGAGGACACACCGCCGGCAUCGUUGACGUCCCUGGCGCCGCUAACCAGUUUGGCGAACUUGCCGAGCAGCACCCUCUCAUCUACACCCCUGUCUCUCGCCCCCGCAUCGAAACUGCUCACGCCAGCGGACAACAAGGGUCUCAUGAGCGGUGGUGCACCGACGGCCAUGUACAGACCGAACUUCAGCCAGGCGUUCCAGCGUGCUGGGCCGACCACAGUGCCGCCAACCUUGUCAGCGGGUCUCUACCCCACGCAGAGCUUCACGUCGGGCCUAUUGAGCAACGGUACACAAAGACCGACGGAUCUGAGCAUGAAGAACACGAAGCCGCUACUGAGUCACAAGUUAAACGCGACGGAAAUGACAGCCGUCAGGCAAUUGAUCACCGGAUAUCGAGAAUCAGCGGCAUUCCUGCUGAGGUCCGCCGACGAGCUCGAGCAACUGUUGCUUCAGCAACCA